AUGGGGUCAUAUGAUCGAGCAGCUGGGGAUGAUGCACUAUCCCAGGAUAUGCUCCAAAUUCUAGAGAGAGUUGCUGGAACCAAUAAGGGUACUAUGGGCCGUGGGUCAAUUUCAGAACGACUCCGGUCCAAUGGAGAAAAAAAUUUUGAGGGUAUUUCUAGAGUAGCCCCUAAUAUGGCUAAAUAUUGGUUGGAAGACACGGAGAGAAUAAUGGACGAUCUCAACUGUACUUUUGAACAAAAACUAAAGGGUAUAGUGUCUUUACUGCGAGACGAAGCCUAUCAAUGGUGGCUUACUGUGAGAGAGGGGGCAAAAAUAAGUGGGAUUCAGGGUCCUAAGGUUCUUUUGGUGGGUCUAAAAAGAGGGCCAAGUUUGAUGGGCCGGUCUGAGCUGGGGUUCCUGUUGCAAGAUCGUAGCCUUGUGCAGAUUGUGGGAGACAUCAAUUGGCCACCGAGAGGUUAUGGUCAGGCCAGAGGAGGAAAUGGUAUGGGGCGAGGUCGUGGAGCACCAAGCAGAGGUGCUGGUAAUACUGUGGCGAGGCAGCCAGCUCUAAUAUACGCUGCACAUCACCGAAAAGACGGGGACACCCCAGAUGUUAUAACUGGGAUGGAUUGGCUGGUUCAAUACCGUGCAAGUUUCGAUUGUGCUGCUAAGCAUAUGGUGUUGAAGACUACUGAGGAUGAAGAGGGUUCUUUGGUCGAAGGUAUUAGAACUGUUAAGGAUUUUCCUGAUGUAUUUCCUGAUGAAUUCCCUGGGUCGCCUCUGAGCCGUGAGGUCGAGUUUGGUAUUGAGCUCUUAUCGGGAACGACUCUAGUGUCCAUCGCCCCUUAUAGGAUGGCACCGAAAGAGCUGCCAGAAUCUGGGAAGGAAUUCACUGUUUUUAAUGAUGCAUCGCACAUUGGUUUGGGUUAUGUAUUGAUGCAAGAGGGUAAAGUGGUUGCUUACGCGUCUCGUCAGCUUAAAACCCAUGAAGUGAAUUACCCUACGCAUGACUUGGAGUUAGCUGCGAUGGCUAAUGUGGUAGCUGAUGCACUGAGCCGUAGGGCUGUAGUUGAUUUAAGAGCGAUGUUUGCUCGACUUAGCUUGCUUGAUGAUGGUAGCUUGCUGGCUGACCUGCAAGUUAAACCGACAUUGACUGAACAGAUUAGGGGUAAGCAGUUGAUGGAUAGGUCAUUGAAGUUAGCUAAGCUAUAUGUAGCUGAGAUUGUAAGACUGCAUGGCGUACCGGUUUCCAUUAUAUCUGACAGAGAUCAUCGAUUCACAUAUCGAUUUUGGAAGAAGUUACACGAGGCACUAGGAGCAAGGCUAGACUUCAGUACUACAUUCCAUCCUCAGACAGACGGCAGUUGGAAAGACUACUUGCUAUUAACGGAGUUUGCAUAUAAUAAUAGCUACCAGUCCAGCAUUCAAGUGGCACCGAAUGAAGCAUUAUAUGGUCAUAUAUGUCAUACUCCUAAGUGUUGGACUGAGUUGGGUGAGCGACGAGCUCUGGGGCCUGAAAUAGUUUUUGAUACUGAAAAUAAGCUAAGGCGUUAUCGCUCUGAUCCCACAUAUAUUGUACCAGUCGAGGAGAUCGAGGUUAGACUAGAUCUGUCCUUUGAGGAGGAAUCAGGGCAAAUAUUGGAUCAUGAAGUUAAGGUACUGAGGAGGAAAUCUAUUCCACUAGUUAAAGUAAUUGGGCGUAAUCACAACUCAGAGGAAGCCACGUGGGAACCUGAGGAGGCUAUGCAACAACAAUACUCUCAUCUUUUCAGAUCAGAUAAAUUUUGA